AUGAAUGAAACAAACUUAUACCGUUUCAAAGAUAUCAAGCCGGUGGUGAGUGCAAAGGAGCUGGUCGAUGUUGUUUUAUCGAGGACUCAAAGAAAAACACCGACCGAAAUACAUAAGGGAUUUAAAAUUACAAGGAUAAGAAAUUUUUAUAUGAGGAAAGUUAAAAUGUGUCAAGAACUAUUUAAAGAUAAGUUACAAACAAUAAUAAAUGAUUUUCCUAAACUCGAUGAUAUACAUCCAUUUUAUUCUGAUUUGGCAAACAUAUUAUAUGAUAGAGACCAUUAUAAAUUAGCGUUAGGACAAUGUAGUUAUGCAAGUAAAGCUGUUGUAAAAAUAUGUCACGAUUAUAUUAAGCUAUUAAAGUUUAGUUCUUCUUUAUAUAAAUGUAAAAUGCUUAAAAUUAGUGCAUUAGGAAGAAUGUGUAAACUUAUAAAAAAAUUACAACCAAGUUUAUUAUAUCUAGAAGAAGUACGACAAAAUUUAGCUCGAUUACCUUCAAUAAAUCCACAUAAAAAAACUAUUCUACUAUCUGGUGCUCCGAAUGUAGGUAAAUCAUCAUUCAUCAAUUGUGUAUCUAGAGCUAAUGUUGAAGUACAGCCAUAUUCAUUUACUACAAGAAAUUUAUAUGUAGGUCAUUUUGAUCAUAAUUUAAAUAGAUACCAAAUAAUAGAUACACCAGGUUUAUUAGAUAGGACAUUAGAAAAUCGUAACACUGUUGAAAUGACAACAAUAGCUGCACUAGCUCAUAUUAAUGGUGUUAUAUUUUUUAUUAUUGAUAUUAGUGAAGAAUGUGGAAUGUCAAUUAAAGAACAAAUAAAUUUACUUUAUUCAAUUAAAUCUCUUUUUUCAAAUAAAUCAAUUGUUAUAGGAUUAAAUAAAAUCGAUAAAGGAAGUUUAGAUAGUGUAUCAGUUGAAAAUAAAUUAUUAAUUAAAAAAAUUGUUGAUGAUAUAAAAAAAACUGUUAAAUUUUGUUCUUUUAGUACAUUAACAGGAGUAGGUGUUGAAGAAGCUAAAAUUGCUGCUUGUGAAUUAUUAAAAUUAGAUCAAGCUUCAGAUAUUCUUUUAGAUGAACAAAAUAUUAUUAAUAAAAAGCUAGCUGCCAAUAAGCCUGUUGUUGAUAGGGCACCAUUUAUACCUGAAUCAGUCAUAAUUGCAAAAAAAAAAAAACUCGAACAAGAAAAACAGCUAAAAGAACAAGGUACUAUACAUCCAGAAAGUCAAGGAAACACAUCUGAAAAUUCAUUGGAAGGUGACCAAAAUAAUGUUGUACCAAGUACAAUGCGUGAAAUGAAAUAUAAAAAAAAAAAUAAAGCUAGACAAAGCUAUUUAAGUAAUAGAACAGAUGAUAGGAAAUUGGAAAUAGAUUUACAAAAUGAAAAUGGAGGUGCAGGAGUAUAUUCAGUAGAUAUAAGAAAAAAAUAUGACAUUGAUGAAGAAUAUAAAUAUGAUGUUAUUCCUGAAAUAUAUAAUGGAAAAAAUAUAAGUGAUUUUAUAGAUAUAGAUAUUGAACAAAAACUAUUAGAAUUAGAAAAAGAAGAAGAGAUGAUGCUUAACAAUGAUAUUGAAAUUGAUCCAUUAUGGUUUAAGACGAAAAAAAUAUUAGAAAAAAUGGCUUUGAAAUUAAAUGAAUUAAGAUUAAGUGCAAAACUAAAUGAUGAAAAACAACCUAUAUAUCACAAACGAAAUAAAACUGUUGAAGAAAUAGAAAAGAAAUUAGAUGAAUUAAAUGUUGACAAGACAAAGAUACUUAUGAGUAUGACUGAAAAAUCCAAGAAAUCCCCAACAAAAUCAAUUAAAAAAGAUAAAGUUAUAAAACUUAUAUCUAAACAGAAACAAAUUACAGAUAAUAUAUAUAAUGAUACAACCAAAAAAUUGAAAAUAUAUCAAAGUACAUCAACCGAAAUACAGAGAAAGAAGGCAUAUAAAUUAAAUAAACUUGCUUAUAGAAAAAUUAAAAAAGGAACAAAAGGAGAAGCAGAUCGAUCUAUCCCUUCCAUAAAACCAAGACAUUUAUUUUCAGGAAAAAGGUCAAUAGGAAAAACAUCAAGAAGAUAA